GGACACUCGGCCACAGUCAGUCCAACAAUUAUCUGCUUAACCUUUAGCUCCCAAAGCAUCCGCAACUGCAAUAGGACAAGUCUUCGAAGCUUUGUUUCGAAUUUUGUCGAAGCCUUUCGCUGCAAGGAGUUGCGCGCGCGAUCACAGUCCCGGAGCGCACUUAGGCACCCGUUUCAUCCCUACAUACCUCUUCGUCCUUAGGGGGUAGCCUACGAUGCCGCUUGGUCUCAAUUACUCUUGAACCUCGUAGACGGUCCACUCCAGUUCGCUUCUCGCCGCACUAGUCGGGCUUUCUCUUUAUUUCUGAACAACCUCAACUGACAACAUUUGCAGCAACAACUAUGGCCUCACCAAUGUCCCAAAGCAGCACAAUUGGCCUUUCGCGCCGGUUGAACCCGACACCUCACCGCAGCGGCAUCGGCAGCAACACCCUACUCCUCCUCCAUUCCAGCCACCGCCCGCGCCCCUUCCCAGGCCGCCUUCGCAACCGUCCUUUGCCCAUCUACACACUUCCAGCUGCAUCAUCCGCACCCGCAACAUCAACAGCUGCCGCGGCGUCUUCUGCCGUACACUGCAAUGCCAUCCCCGCAACGCUGGUUGCUGCUGCCGGCACCAGUCCCACCCCACUCAUCGCACCGGGGGCAGUGGCAGGCGCAUGCAGCAGCAGAUACGGGUGUAGGUGGGGAGCCGCGCGCAGGUAUGGCUGCGUGCACGGAUGGGGCGGCGGGCGGCGGUUGCAAGUGGUGGCUGCGCGCGGGAGACCGGAGGAAGGGGAGACGGCGGCUGCAGGUGACGGCAGCGGCGAGGGAGUGCGGGAGCGUGCGGGCAUCACGGCAGAUGCGGGGGCGGGGACAGGAGUAGGCGGCGGCAGCCAUGACAGCGGGGUCGCUGGUGGCGGCGGGCGGGCCAUGGACGCAGAACAGCUACUGACAUUGGCCGAGGAAUAUGUUGACGCCUGGUGGCGAGGAGUAGCCCGCGGGGCGGAUGCGGUGGCUGAGGCGCUCCGGGAGCUGGUGGUGCAGCCAGGGGAGGGGGCGCUCGCACCGGGGCCGACCCACGGGUCACUUGGCGAGCGAGCACCGCACCAGGCAGCAACCGCAGCGUCGACAACCCACACCAGCAGCCGAAGGGAUGAGCAUCAUGCGGAGAAGAUGAAGGCGGCGACGUCUCCGCUGGGGGCUGCUCAAGGGCCCGGGGGUGCCGCAGUGGCUGCUGGGGGUGCAGCUUCAAGGGGAGCGGGGUCGGGGGUAGCGGCGCAAGAGGCAGCAGCGGCGAAGGAGAAGGCAGAGGGCGUUGCUUCGAAGCGGGAGGCGAGGCCAGCUGGGCAGGCAGGGACUGGGGAGGGAUUGCCAAAGGAUGGCGGAGAGGGGGUCGCGUCCAAGGGUGGAGUGGCUGCAGCUGGGGAGGCGAAGAAGGCGGAGGAGAAGGGGCUGCGGAGGGAGGGGGAGAGGGAAAGGGAGGACGUCGAGGCGGCUGCGGCUGCGGGGGAGGGGGCUGCAGGCAUCCAUAUCAGUGGUGGUGGCGGCGGCGGUGGGGAGGUGGAGCUGGUGCCUGAUGGCGUGCUGCACAAGCGGCCCCUGAGGGGGUACGACGCCCUGAUUUCUCAUCUUGCCGUACAACACACCGAGUACCACCGAGUGCAGUACAGGCCUGUAGUCAGCGCCGCCUCCGCCCCCUCCCACUGCGCCUUCGUGCUGGGGGAGUACCGCAUGCAGGACGUGGGGGGGCUGGCGGGCCACCCCGCCACAUUCAGGGUGAGUCGCGGGUACUGCCUGUACAAGCUGGCUGUGGACCCGCACAGCGGCCGCAUCGUGCGGGGCUGGGUGCGGCGGCAGCUGACGCAGGAAGAACGAGACGAGCGAGUCUGGGACCCGGUGCACGUCUACCCCGCGCCUUUCCCCCUGGAGCACCUGCACCUGACACGCGGCGGCCGGCCCGACCCACGGGUCAUGGAGGAGGCGGCGUGCGCAUGGGUGGCAGCGCAGGCCACGGCGCCGCCGCAGCCACCGCCGCCAGAGCAAAAGCAGGAUGAGGAGAAGGAGACGGACGGAAAGGUGUCGACCUCUGCCGAGCAUCAACAUCAACAGCAGCAGCAGACGCUGACGGGAGCGAAGGAAUUGGGAAGAGUGACGACACCUGGCGGGCAAGGCGGCGGAGAGGCUGCUGUUGAUGUUGCCGCGAGCAGCGGAGGCCCCAAGGCGGAGGAGGCGGAGGGUGCUGGGGCGCCGCAGGCAGCUCUCAGCGACGCAAGCGGGGAUGAGGUUUCGGAGCCCACAUCUGCUGCACCUGCUGCGGCAAGGACCGAGCCCAACACGGGAGGCGAGCGGGAGGCUACGGCAGACCGCGAAAAAGGCAGCAACGGUGCUGGCUCCGGCGUCGACGCCGACGGCGGCCUGCAGAGCAUCAGUACGGCUGGAUUCAUCAACAGCGUCAGCCCGCACGUCAGCAGCCUAGGCGGCGCCGCGGGGGAGAUCUCCAGCACCGGGAGCAGCGCUGCGGGCCGUGAGAGCGGCGGCGGUGGCAGCAGCAGCGAGCAUGGGGGCAGCGGAGGAGGCGACGCAGAGGCCGCACCUGCACCUGCACCUGCACCUGCACCUGCGGCAAUGGCGGCAGGGGGUGUUGAGGGAGGCUCUGCGGCUGGGGGCAAGGAGCCGCUGUCACCGGUGUCAUCGUCUUCAUCUACGACAGCAGAGGCAUCAGAGGCGGCGGCGGCGGUGCCCAAUAGCCCGGCAGUGACGACGACACGAGCGCAGGCGCGGCUGACCAACCAGAUCCUGGCUGAGGAUUGCAGGUUGCUCGAUGCGUACGGCAUCUGGCCAGGCCCCGAGGAAGAUCACGGUCCGUACGCCCCGUCGUACAGUGGUACGUACGGCGGGCGCAGGCCCCAAGCGGUGGUGGGCGCGCAGCGGGUGCUGCACCGCAUCCAGGCCCAACAGCAGCGGUGCCUUCGGAUCGAGCCGGUGCUUCGUGACGUGGCGGUUUCGGAGGACCACAAUAUCGCCUUCGUACACUGGACCAACACCAUCGUACCGGCGCCGGAACCAGCGACGCCGGCGGCGGCGCCGGCGGCGCCGCUACAGCAGUCGGCGGCAGCAAAGCUGUCACCGUCAGCUGCUGCUUUGAGCCGUACGGAACGAGUGUACGGUCGCGGCGCCGCAGACGUCGCGGCUGUGAGCACCGCCGCUGCUUCCGUCGCAAGCGCGGCGGCGCAGGCCGCCUCCGCCGCCGCUGACGCCGCGACAACUGCGGCGUCUGCCGCGAGCGUCGCCGCCACCUCCGCCAACACCGCCGCCACCAUCGCCGCCACCGCCGCCACGGCAGCGGCCUUCAUAGCGCAGGGUGAGGCUGCUGACGUCAGCAGCAGCCGCAGCAGCAAGGGCCCCGACGGAGCCGUUGCGCCGUCAGCGCUGCCGUCUCCUGCGACGCCCCUGCUGGGCCCUGCAUCUGAGCAGGGAGCGACCGCUAAAGGAGCAGCAUCGGCGCAGAUGAAAGAAGAGGAGCGACAGAAGCAGAAACAGCCUGCUGCUGUAGCACUGGAGGAGCGGAAGGGGGCUGCAGGCGCAGCGCAGAUAGAGGGAUCUUUAACAGCUGGUAGUACGGCCAAUAACACCAGCGGCGGCAGCAGGAGCAGCAGCACGGGCAAGAGCGGCGUCAGCAGCAGCAAGGGCGGCGACGCAGCUGAGGGCAGCAGCAGCGGCGGCGGCAGCACACGUCCGCUGGGGCUUCAGGACUUGCGCAUUCCCAUGCCGCAGCUGCCGCAAAUGCCCCAGAUGCCGUACAUGCAGAUGCCCAUUCAAAUUCAAAACCUAGAGGACGCCCUAUCCGCCGCCGCACAGCGAGUAGCCGGCGCCGCAGGCACUGCCGCUGCCGCCGCCAGCGCCGCCGCGGCCGCCGCGACAGCUGUCAUUCGCGCGGAUGCCGCCGCAGCAGCAGCUUCUACCGGCGCCAGGGACCAGCCCGCUGCAACGGCGGCGGCGGCGGCGCCGACGCGGCGGCCGCCGCCGGCGGCAGAUCUGCCGUACCACCAGGACUGCAUGGCGGCGCUGCUGUUCCAUGACGACGGCACAAUAUCGGAUGUGUGGCUGUUCAGGGGCCCCUUUCACUUUGAGCGCCGGAUGCUGCGGCCUUAGGGUUUUAAGGAGCAGGAGGCAGCAGCUGCCUGUUGUUGCGAUGGUUGUGCUUAGGGGGGUUGCUGCUGCUGCUCCGGCUGGUGCUUCUUCGGCGGCCUGAGACGUCUACCUGGCAGGUUUGGCUGUUGGGAAGCCUGGUAGGGGACACGUGGGUAUGAUCUGGGCCUGAUUGAGCCCGCGCCGUAUACGGUACGCAAUGUUGUCGUCACAUCCCAGCAUUACCGGGCGUACAUCAAGAGCUAGGUUGCUGCUUGGGCAUGCAGAGGUCGUCGCCAUCUACCGGUAUAGGUUCGUUUACUUAGUUGCUUUGAGUGUUGACCUUUGGAGCUUAGUGUCUGCGGAUUGUACGGUACGCCGUACGCUUGUGUGCCAUGCCGGUAGUUGUCUUGAUAGCCUUUGUCUUGAUAGCUACCCUGGGAGCAGCUGAGAUGUGGGUUGUUUUGCACUGAAUCGAAGUCGAUGCUAAUGGGUAAAUAGCCCCGGCGGCUAACUAACUAUCCGUAGCUCAGCGGGGUCUCCCACUUGCAACAGGGAUUAAGAGUCAACACAUUUGUUUGUACGACAUAUCCCCCUUACAUUUGUUUGUACGACAUAUUCCCCUGUUGCUGCGAUGGUUGUCUGGUGGGAGUCAAGGGUGCAUGCUGGGGAGAUGAUGGGAGUAUGCGCGGCAUGAACAUGUGGGGCCAGGUUCGCGUGCCAGGAUAUGUAACCGCGGUGCAGAAUUGAGGG